UGUUGGUAACGGUCGCCAUGACAACGAGACCGGUGGGCUCGCUCGUUCCAACGGUUUCAAACGGUCGAUCGGAGCUCCGCGAUGGACGAUGAGGCUCCGAGUGAGUGUAUCUACAACCUGCUGCCCCGGCCCCAGCCUCCGCCCCGCCAACGCCUCAAUUAUCAUUCAAAACAACGGAACAUUGUACAGAAAGACUGGGAUUCUAAGAAAUCAGCACACAAGACGAUGGGUUUGCCCAAAGUUGAGCCUCCUUGUCCAAAGCACCAUCUAUUGAAACAUUCCAAGGAACAAAAGCUACCAGAACGGAAACCUUACAAAGUUCCUGUAGAAGGAAUUAAAUCUUCUAUCCCAUCUGACAAACCACUAAUGGGACUUCGUACCAAGAAAAACUUUGUUCAAGCCAACGUAGUUGACGUUCAGAUGGCAGUCCCCAAGAAACCUGUGCCAAUCAUUGUUGAUACUAGAAAAGGAAAUAAAAUCUUGUUGGAACCAUCAGGGCUUCUUCCAACACUUCUCUACAGAAAGGACUUUGGUAAAAUCCCAGAUUAUCUAAUUAAGCAGUCUGAAGAGGAGAAGAAAGCACAAGAAGAAUAUGAUGCCUAUGUAAAAGAGCGUAUACGACAAGGUUCCAUGAAGAUGUUGACUGAAGAGGAGCGGAACAGAGUGUUGUCGGGACUAAAGAGGAAUUGGGCAGAGCUGAAUCAUGCCUAUCAAAGUCUUUCCAUUUUGAUAGACACUCAUUCGAAGCAAAUGCACAAGGAGGUACUUGAGACCAAAAUGAAAAAACUAGAACAGGACAUUAACAUGUUUGAGAAACAUAAAUUUAUCUACAUUCCACGAAACUAAAGCCCAAGAUAAUGUUGCUUUUUCGAUUUUUUUCAAAAAUGUAUUAUUAUGCAAAUAUUGUCCCAUUUUUGAUGCUAGUAUUUGCCCAUAUAAAAUUUCUACAUAUUUCAUACUUAAAGAAUGCAUUUAUGUAAGCACAAAAAUGAAGAGUUUGUGACAACUGAACGAAGUUGCGAUUUAUCUAUGACUAUGACUCUAAGUGAACAAAGUUACAAUUUAAAUUUAUUAUCAAAGAUUUUCCUUUUUCUUAAUUUGACAAGGAAUUGUUGUUAAUGACAAUGUAUUGUACAAAUUUUAAAUAUUCAUUAUAUAUCAAUGACAAUGAUUUAUUCUGAGAAACUGUCACUGAUUUUUGCAUUUGGAGAAGCAAGCUUUGAUAUGGCAUGCUGAAUUAACUGAGCUACAAAAGUCACCAACCUAUAGGUAUUGAUAAACUUUAAUAGUGCAACAUGUACAAAAGAAAGUGACUUGGUGUUCAUUGUUCAAAGUUGUGGAAAAAAUAUCAUGGAAGUAAAUCAAGUAUAGUUAUUUGGUAGUACCAAACUUGAGUAUUGCUGAAAAAAGACACGUUUUGUUGAGGUUGUCCAUCUUGCACUCAUCAGGACAAUGCAAGGGAUAAACCAACAGUUAUAUUAUGAGCAGUGCUGAUUAGUUGAACCAGAUAUAAUGCGCGUUUAUGUUCUUUGUGUCUAAAAGUGGCAUGCCUUUGCUUGUUCACUGCUAAAGGCAACACCCUGACCACCACCUACCUGCCUAGCUUAAAAUGUAAGGAAAACCUGACAGAUUACUGUCCAUCAGCAUUAAUCGGCAUAUUGUCUAUGGCAACACUUCCAUUAAUCAGAGUCUAUUUAUUACCAACCAGCACUUUUUUCUCUCACACAGUGUGAAUGUUGAUUUUCCACUUGAACUGGCAUUUUUGCAAGUCACGCUGAUGAAGAAUUUCAACAGAAUAUAUCUUCAGCAAUACCAAAGCAAAAGCAUUUAGCAUAGGACAUAAUGGACGUGCCAAAAACGUUGACAUUGCGCAAUAAAAUAACAAAGAAAGGGCUCCCGUAUAAUUGAAUGACACAUACUAUGAUGGCAAACCAGCCAAUGGAGGAAGCUAAUUGCCCUGAAUAUGAUGACCUUGUCUGAAUCCACAUAAAUGGUAAAACUUGAGUAUAUGAGAAAGCUUUGAUGCAAAAUAGCUGCAGAAGAUGAAAAUAAAUGCAAUAUAAUAGAGACAACAUUGCUUUUGACAUAAAAGACUGAAGUAAAUUAAAAACAACAGCAUCACUCACAGGCACAGCCAGAUUUCUUUAAGGAUGCUGGAAAACUUAAUGUGCUGCAUGUUAACUAUGCUUAUGUUCUUCCCUUUGGGAAGGUUGGGAGUUAAUGUCAUAGAACAUAGAACAAUACAGCACAGAACAGGCCCUUCGGCCCACGAUGUUGUGCCGAAC